AGCGAAUACCAUGGCUGGAGAUUUGAUCGCAAGGGGGAUCAGCAGAAAUCAGAACGAUGAAGAAUAUAGUUUAGACAUGGAAGAAUCGUUAUUUCAAAAUAUUGUCAAUGCAUUCUUGAAACAAGAUGGCAAUCAUCUCAGGGAUAAAGCUGCAAAAAACAAGAGCCUACGCAUAUUUCUGUCAUCGCAAAGAUUCUUGACAGAAUACGCGAAACGAACCGGAAGAAUGACAUGUCUUCCACCAGCUGAAUAUCUUGAAAAGCAAAUGAGAGACGGUUUUCUCCCAUUCAGAAGACACAAAAAUCGUUUCGAUUUGCAAGAGAUUGUGUUUGACAAAACUCGUCACGGAUUCCUCCAAAUCGACUUCCCAAUUGACGCUAAUCACGGUGCUCAUGCUGACGAAGAUACCGGAGACUGUGUUGCUCCAUGUCAGCUUCGCAACAUCUUUAUUCUCGAAAAUAUGAAUAUACCCGUCUGUCGAUUCGAUCCACUUAUGUUCUGUCAGUCGUGGGUGCUCACACUUCUUCGUCCAAAGUUCGUUUUUCGCGGAAUGGUAGCGUGCCCGAAAGGAGAUUACGGGCUUGCUAGAAUGAUUGUUGAAGUUGGAAGUGGUAAGCGACAGCUUCGAUCUGAAACUUCAAUUGCAUUCAAAAAUGGAGAGGAUGAAAAGCUUGGACGAUUCAUUCCAUUCGAAGUUUCUUCGCCUGAUUACGACUUCCGUCCAACAUAUAUUUUCUUCUUCUUCUGCAUUUUCUAUGUGAACAGAACGAAAAUUGAAAAACGUGGAAUGCGAAUUGCCAACUGCAGUGUCCAGUGUGUUCUCCCACCGAUGCCGGACGACCUGAAUAAAAUCGAAUGUAGCGAAGGAUAUCCAGCUGAAGGAUACGAUAGUCCACUCUACAAUUGUGAAUAUACAGCUAAUACUCACAAUGAUCCAGAAUAUUUGGUCUCAUUGAAGCAGAAUUUCUUUUCCGUUUUGGAAAAUGCAAAGGGCAUCAGAGAUGCGGAUACUGAGCGUACUGAAAGAGUUAUCACCGAAAUGUUGGGUGGAAAUUUGAUGGGAGAUCCUAUGGAAAUUGGAGUCGAUAAUGGUGAUGAGAAGCCUGAUUCAGCUGAGAAACGAUCUCAUUCUCAAAUGGAUCAGGAAGAUGAUGAGCCAGCAAUGAAAAGAAUGCGCUGAAAUAGUUACAGAAUCAUCAAUUACUCGGAAAGUUGCAAGUUCUCAUGUUUUUUUCAUAUUCUGCCUUGACACCUCUUAAACAUCUUCGUGUCUAAAUUUUUGUAAUCAUUUCAAACUAAAUAAUCCCAUCAUUCUUCUCAUCCCUUUCCAAACUGGUUCUACAACAUGUCCUUUUAAUAUCCAAAAAAUAGUUUUCUCUUCAUUCUUUAAUGAUUUAAUUUAUAAAUGUAGUUUUAAAAAUG